UUUGCGAUAGUUAAUGUGUUGCGACCAACGGAAACGGUUAUUUUGUCAUGGUUAGAAAGUUUUAAAUACAUUGUGAAUCAAAAGAUGGAAAGACUUGUAAUUCUUCUUCUCCUAUCAAUAAGUAUAACAGAAGGGAAUCCAGUAAUAACAAGACAGACGUUAAUACGCAAAAAUGACAGAGAACAUCUUUGCUCGAAUCUUUUAAAUUUUAAUAAAUUAUUCUACGCUCUUGACAGUCAGAGAAACGUAAGCGGAGUUCCCGCGGAUAUGAGUGUACAUUGGAAAACUGGAAAAGUCUAUUUCACAUUAAUAAGCGAUGAAAUGAAAAUGAGUUUACAAGUUUUACAUCCCAGUGGGGAAAUAGAUACUAUAAAAGUCGCCGGACUCGGCCAAUCGACUUGUAUAGACAAUUUAAACGACAUUGUUUACCUAGCCACAGACAACGGAGUUUACAAAUACAAAGAAGAUGGCUCCAUAGAGUUAUAUACAGCUUUAGGUGAAGACGUAAUGUAUGUUGCGAUAACCAGUGAUGGUGGAACUAUGUUUGUAGCGACAUGGCCUCAGAAUAGAGUUCAUAAAAUAACAGGGGAUGGACAGAAGCAAGAAUCAUUUCCCGCUAUACCUAAUGGUCAUGGAUUAACUAUAGAUACGAGGAAUAAUAUUUAUUUUGUCGCUACAAAAACAUCUUAUGUUUUAAAAAUUGGAUAUAGUAUACCUAUUAAAAUUAAGGGUUUACCGAGUGAUAAAAUGACUGGGAUAUUUAUUAGUAGAUCAGAUGAAGUAUACGCUAUGGAUGAGAACAGUAAUUUGUAUGUUAUUGAUCCUAAUAAUGUGAGUGCGAGACAAUUGGGUUCUUUCAGCGUUAGUGGAGUAAAUUCUUUCGCAAUGGAUGCGGCUGAUAAUGUUCUGAUAGGCGUUAAAGGGGCUUUAUUAAAAUUCAACGCGUACGAAAAGAAUCCUUGCAUCCCUAUUGAAAAAAAGAAUCAAAAGGGGAAACGGCACAGCAGGCGUCGUAAACACAAAAAGAGGACGACAACCACUACUGAAGCCGGCGAUGACGAUGAAGAAUAAGACCAGUACAAAUAAAUAUUUUAUGUAUUGAUUGCAUAUUUAUUAGUCAUUAUAAUUA